CUUGUUUUUUUUUUUUGUUUAUCCUUAUACUUUGUAUUGAACAAUUACUAAUAUAAAUUAAAAACUCCUGAGUGCACUGUGUGCUAGCUGGGGAACCACUGAACUUUAUAUAACCAUGAAAUGUAAACAGACUCCACAGCCUAUAACUUAUGAAGCUCAGAGCCAUUGCUUCGUUAAAAGUAGGUCACAUACUGGGUUACUUUUUGUAACAACAAAGCGGGUCACGUACUGUAAAAAUACGUCGCCUAUAUAAUCUUAAACAAAAAGCACAUUGUACAAUUCAACAUCGUCCAUCGUCACUGACUUGCAUGUUGUUAUUUUCUUGAGUUGGAAGCAAGAUUAAAAAUGCUCGAGAGUGUGAUGUCAUGUCUAGAUGUUUCAUCGUGUCUAAUUGGACUGUUCAUUUUAUUGUUGGCUAUGUUCUUUAGGUCACGCAAGCCUAAAAACUUACCCCCUACACCGGGCACAGCCCUGCCCUUUGUGGGGCACUUGUACAUGCUGGAGAAAAAUCCAAGGCAACAGUUUAAACAGUGGGCAGAGCAAUUCGGAAGCAUGUUUACACUAAAGAUGGGUCCAAACACCGCAGUUUUCAUCAACACACUGGACACCCUCAAGGAAGCUUUUAUCAAACAAGGAGAUUAUUUUUCUGACAGACCAAAUAAUUUAUUUGCAGUUAAAUUUUCUCAAAAUUUCGAUAAAGGACUUGUUCUGUCAUCAGGAUCCUACUGGAAAUCUCAAAGAACAACAUCUUUGGCAAUCCUCCGUAACUUUGGCAUGGGGAAAAAUAUUUUGGCGGAAAAAAUCAUCGAGGAAAUAUCCUUCUUUACGAAAGAGCUUGCCAGAAAAAACGGUCAACCCUCUGACAUAAGAAAUCUUACGAAUAUGAGCAUCUCUAACAUCAUCUGCUCCAUCAUUUUCGGAAAACGUUUUGAGUUUGGAGAUGAGAAAUUCACAGAACUUGUUCAGAUGUUUAACGAAGCAGUGAAAGCUAAUUCUGCUGAUCUAAUAUUAAACUUUGUACCUAUCCUGUACUAUCUUCCGUUUGAUUUCUUUAAGGGUAAACGUCUGCUUGAAAUAAUUGGCCAACUUCGCCAGUUUGAUUUCGAGAAGAUUAGAGAGAUCAAAAAGUCCUAUGACCCAGAUAAUCUAGAUAAUUACAUCGUGGCGUAUAUAGAUGAAAUGAGAAAAGAAGCGAGCUUAGACCAAAAAAGUUAUCUGGACGAAAUUUGUUUGGCUCGCAACAUUGACAACUUGUUCAUAGCUGGCACAGAAACUACAAGCACAACAAUAAUGUGGUGCCUGUUGUACAUGUUGCACUAUCCUGAAGUUCAACAAAGAAUUUAUAAAGAAAUAGUUGAACAGAUUGGAACAGAACGUCCACCGAACAUAACAGACAAAAGCAACUUGAAAUACUUGACAGCUGUGAUCAUGGAAGUUCAAAGAAAGGCCAGCAUUGUGCCUCUAGGGCUUCCUCAUCUGUGUAACAAAGACACAACACUAGCAGGUUACAACAUUCCGAAAGGCACCAUCGUAAUGCCGAAUCUGGACGCCAUUCAUGCAAGUAAAGAAAUCUGGGGAGAUCCUGAAACGUUUCGCCCAGAAAGAUUCCUGGACGACAAAGGAAACGUAAUGACCAGAGAGGAAUUGAUGCCUUUCUCUAUUGGAAGGAGAAAAUGUCUUGGAGAGUCUUUGGCUAAAAUGGAGUUGUUCUUGUUUUUAUCGAGCUUGUUUCAACAGUUUGAAUUCCUUCCAGCUUCUCCUGACAAGGUUCCUCCAUUGACUAAAACAUGGGGAGGAGUUGCUGCUUCGGAACCUUUUGAAAUACGAUGUGUGGAAAGAAACAAAUGAGUCAGAAGUACAGGAGCUAAUUGUGCAUUCUGCAUAUAUCGAAAUUAUAAUUCUGUCUACUGUUGGAAAUGUCAUUAGUUAUUGUAUGAACCUUAUUAUUUCUUUUCGUCCCUUAAUCUCUUUCUCUUUGCUCUCUCUCUAGUUUUCUUACUUUAUCUUUUUAUUUACAUCAUCUUAUAUCAUCUCAUUUUGUCAGUCUGUCUAUAUGUCUGUCUGUCUGGUAAAAGUUUGUAUACGCUAUUUAUAUUAAUAAUAAUUAUCUUUUUUUUUUGCGAACGUAGGAAAAUAAUGCAGUAUUCACAAAUACAGCUAACUAUGUGGGUUUUGUCCCCUUAGAUAAUUAACAUAGACAUUAAUAAAUAUAGACUGGCCAAUUAAAGAGUUUUAUGAAACGAAAAUUUGUGACUUGCAAUUUUGUGUACUGUAUUAUAAAGCAUUUAUGAGCAGUAUAAAAGUGUUUUUUUAACUUUGAUACACACCUAUAUAUAUUGUAAAUAAGGAGGCAGUGUAGCUUUGUUUAAUCUCUAAGAAUGAAGAUCAUGCAACUUUUCAUAAUUCGGAAAUCCGAAUACAAUAGAUAUACAUGUUUUCAAGUUACAUGAAGUUACUUCCUUUUUCCAGUCUAUAUUUAUUUAUGUCUAUGAUAAUUAAACAAUUAAUUUCUCCCAAUACAAUUUUCGGAUCAAACUGAAACUUAAAACCAUUAUUUAUUGUACCUAUCAAAACAUGACUCGAUUAAAACAUUAACCCACUAAUCAAUUCAUUAUUAUCAUUAAUUAUUAUUUUUGAUAUGGAAUAAAAGAAAGAGCUUCUACAUUACUGAGAGAUAUAGUUGAUUUCCCUUAGAUAAGCUUUUUUUUUUUUUAAAAAAAAAGGACUUUUUUUUAUUUUAAUUGUUGCUUUAUCUCUUUCUUUUCCAUCAUUUUUUUUCGUCUGUCUCAUUCUCUUGGUUUCUUUCUAUUCUAUUUUUUUCUUUCUUUUCUCUUCUUACUCUUUUUCUAGAGAUUUACA